AUGGACUGCUGGACGCGCUCCGUCAAGAGGAACUCGCUGGAGAGUAUUGGUGUUGCGUAUGAUGAGCGUGACACCGGCAGCGGCGAACUGACGAGGUACGUUCAGGUGGCAACGCCCGAAAGGGCCCUGCCGUCUAACCAAGACCGUGACCGGAACAGUUUUACAGACGACUUAACGACAACUGACACAACCGGCUUUACAAGCUUGUCCCGGCAGGUAAGCGGUCUCACCAUGCACCAGCGCAACGGGGGGUCGCUUGGCUUCACGUUCAGUGGAACGCCCGCCGAUGUGGUUUGUUUUCGUUCAUGUAUCUCCUAUCACAUGCAUCGUCCCAGCAGAAAGGUGGUGGCAGCGGAGCAAAGCGGCCCGUUUGCCGCGGAUGUGCUGUGCAUCAUACUACUCUACAUCGCGGUGGAUAUGCGGGAAAUUCUGCAGGUGAGUCAUACUUGUCGGUACUGGCGGUUUUACGCAAACUAUGCGCCACACUGGACGUACUACCGUCGUCUUGACUGGAGCAAACGCAUCAAGGACUUGCCGAAUUACAUCCGCAGGGUGGUGGUGAAGCCAAAGAUCGUUACGCAAGAGGAGUACUUUCGCGAGAGAAGCAAGGUGCAGGCGGAGCAGCGACGCAAUGAGAUUAUGAGCACGGCGCUGCAUGUGCGUUGGUGCGUCGCCGUUGCCGUUCUCUGCGCCGCCGCGUGUGCGACAAACUUUGCCGUGGCGUAUUUCUUAGGCUUCCUCCCGACGGUAUCACGCAGCGAUACCACGCUCGGCGGUGUGAUGUUUGCGCUGAUGGUCACGAUGGUCGUGCUGGAGGUUACUAUUGUGAUUAUUCCCCUGGGUGGGGCCAGGUCACCGUCGGAGAAGCAGAACAUGAUGCGGCUUCUUUCCUGGGGACUGUUCCUGCUUCUUACCGCCUGCAUCUUUGGCACAGUCUCCGCGCUUGCGAUGAGGCGGGUGCAGAGCAGCGGCGAUGUUAUCGACGGCACUGUGCUUGACUUCACCAUGGACUCGGAGUGCUGCGCCAUCGACGUGCACAGCGACCCCUCCUUCGCGCUUCUUCCAGCGCAACUAACUGACAUACGCUGGCGCCCAAUCACAAUGGACGACAGCGAGAGGGUGUUCCGCCCGUACUGUAUUUCACACAACAAUAAUACCAUGUGUUACGUGUUUCUCUACUUUGAUGCAUAUUACGAAUCGAAGGUGUUUAACAACGCCAGCGCCGUAGCGACGAAAGACAUCGGCACACGUACGGCGUUGGGUUUUGACCCUAUUGGUAACGGUACGGGUGGCUGGUGUGCCGCGGUGGAUCGGCCGCAAGUCAUUGCCCUCAUAGAGUCUGUCUACGUUCGAGUCAGGGAGCAGUUGAAUCGGAUUUAUUCGGAUGCGGCGUACACCUCCCCCACCCUUUGUCCCAAUACGACGAGCAGCAUUAGCUACCUAUGUAGCAUGGACCACGCACGUGUGAAGAUGGAAGACACGCCUGGCUCAACGCAAAUGUGGUAUAAAUAUGGACAAUCGUGGCGGAGGUAUUAUAUCCCUCUCUUAACGGAUAUCACUGAGUCGCGAGAAACCUUUAGGGAGGAGCACAAUCACUAUUUACACUACGCCUACAUCUGUUAUAUUAUUGCAUUCAUUCUUUGGUUUGUGAUGUUGAUCGCGCAGUGCUUAGCACAGAGGCAGGCAGUUGUGGUGCUGGGUGUGGCAACCACUGUCACCCUCGCGCUGAUGAACCCCAUCAUAAUGAUACUCGCAGGUGUUCUUUGCGUGAAUAUGUCGGACCGCUAUUUUAUAUGUAAUGCAUCUACGGGUGGGUCGUUGUUGGGUGGCGGUGUGUUUAUUACUGCCUUUCUUGUUGCGAUUUAUGUUUGCUUUUUUUGA